AGGUGCAUUAGCACAGAACUGGAUCCUAGGUGGAGUAGCCUGAAUUUAAACCAGUGCUCCUAACUGGCUGCACCACUGUGCCAGCCUCUUGAUCUAUUUUUCUUUUGGCCAAGCUAAUUUACCUCUCUUUCUGUGUGUUAACCCCCACCCCCCCCAAUGGAAUGAGGCUCUGGAAAAGAUAAAGAAAAACUAAUGGGAGAUGAGGAUGUGGGGUGGUGGUGCAGCAGACCUAAAGACCAAGUGACCUAGAAAGAAGAACUAAAUAGAAAAGGACCUCAGGGAUCAGCUGGUUCCACCUACCACCCAAAUACAGAGCCCUUUUGCACGUGGAAUAAACACUGGCCAUGCUGUUAAAACAUCAAUAUUCAUCUAACAUUUCAAAUAUUUUACAGAGAAAUGGAGAAAAUGCUCUCAAAAUAUAUUUUUCAACAGGGAAAAAGCAUGAAGAAGAAAAAACACCAUAGCAUUGUUUAUGAACCUACAGAAGCUCUGAAUCCAUCUCCCAAAGUAACAAAUUGUUGCAAAUCACAGUGGGCAAAAUAUAGUAUUCAGAAGGCAUACAUGACCCAACUUGUCAGCUCCAGGCCAGCUCCAGCCAUGUCAAGGAAUCCAGAUCACAACCCCCCUUCUCAGCCCAAAGAGAAUAGCAUCGGCCAGAACCAUCACCAGGAAGAGAUAAUUCAGAAGUUGGCCAUACAAUUGAGACUCAUUGGGGACAGCAUCAAUCACAGGAUGGUUCAAGAGGCUCUUCCGCUGGAUGGCAGGGAUGCCCUGCCUCGUUUUGUCCUAUUUUUCUUCAGAAGAGUUCAGGUGCUGCUGCGCUUCUUCUGGAAUGACCAUUUGUUGUAAAAAGAAAGGUCCACGUCACGUUCGGCCUGCCUUCCGCCUUCUGAGAAAUGUGGAUCCUGCAGGCGCAGACGGGAGCAAGACUUCUCGGUCCCCCUCCCUUUUCGCCCGUCCCUGUCGGCCCCCGCCCGCCUUGUUGGGGAGCUGUGGCCUGACCGGCUGAGCAGCCACCAGAACAGCGUGUGAUCGCCCGUGGAGUGGUUAGGGACCCAGGAGACACAGGCGCCUGACUGGUCUCAGGGCCCCUGGUUGGCUCCCCUUGAGCUCUUCUUCCUGUGGAUGAAAUAGGACCCCAUCAUCAAACCCAAGAUGACGGAGGCGGGCAUUGUGUCCUGGGCCUCUCCCCAGGUGCCAUGCCCAACAGUGACCUGGUGGCCCCAGCCUCGUUGCCUGUGUCCGGACCUGCAGGGCCAUCUUCUCCCCGUCCUUUUCAGCCAUAUACCCCUCCACUUCCCUGCAGUCCCAGCUCCUACUUCUCUGGAACUCGCUGUGGCCAACACUCCAGUGCAAGCUGGGGGGGCUCAGACACAUCCCACUCCCCUGCCUGAGCCCCGCCCCCCACGGUUGGCCAGCCUGCUCCCAGGUAGCCCCAACCCUGGCUUCCCGGAUCACUUCCACGUUUUCCCACCUCUCCCAGCCCUGCCCACAGGCCUGUCUGCUCUGCUGCUCCUCCUUCAGGCUUGCUCUGUUCCAACUGGGCCUGUGUGGACCCUGGCCAGCAGCCCUGCCUUCUAGAAACCUGAACUGCAGGGCCAGAGGAGCUAUGAGCUCAUCACGAGGCACAAACCUGUACCGGGUUCCUCUCGGCCGUGGCCGCGUGCUCUGAGUGCUAGGCCCUUUGCUGCUUGGGUGUGUGUUACUCAUUCGCUUCUGCCCCUUUAACCUGUCUGUCUGCCCCACAGUCCCUCACUCCCCUGUUAAAAUAACCACAUCCGUUAAGAAAGUUUGUUGUUAAGAGUUAAAAGUUCCACGUGUGUAUCUUGUUAAGAACUACUAACUUUAACAGAGAAAUAAAUGUUG